AUACAUAUAUUGUUAUUUACGCUAAUAUUAUAUUAUUAAGUAAAGCAGCCCUAAGGUAUUAGUAUUUCUCAAUACCAAUUAAGCAAUAUAAUAACGUUGAAACGCCUCUCUGGUGGCAUGCUUUGGUAGUAACGACGAGUUCGCGCGGAGACGAGGCGGUACAAAAAAUUGAGUUCUGACGCCGAAUUGUGCGCAUCGCUGCGGAGUUGACAAAAUUAGUUUGAAUCGACAAUUUGGGACAAUGUUGGUCGGCUAUGUUGUCACGUUGGUCCUUCUUGCUGUGCUGUGCUAUUUAAAAUUUACUUAUGCUCUUUUGAGGAUAUGCGAUUACCGAUUGAGGCUGUUUUGUACAACUUAAUGAAAUCAUUUUUUUGUCAGUCUUCCUCGAAUUUCUCUCAUACAAAAAUUAAUUGUGGUUGACCAGGCGCACAGAAAACAGAGCGCAACGCAGAGUUAUGAACGAACGCCCUUUGCUUUGUAGCAGACGCACAUUCCUUAUGAAUGAAUUUGUUGUCGUUGUAAUAUCGGAGAAUGUUAACGAUAGUGUCUAUUCAUUAACAUUUACUGCUUAAGGUUAUCUAUUUUAAGGAUUUUAGAGCUUGAGAAUUUUUAAACUAAUUAUAAAAUUUUGUAAAGAACAAUUUAUACAAAAAAUAACUAUAUAUUGAUUUCUGAUGAUAUCGAAAUCAAACUACAAUAAUAAAAUACUUAGGGUAGAAAUGAUACGUGUUCCAGAUAUAGCGGACGGAUCGUGUAAUAAGAUGCAUAUGUACGUAUACAAAUCAUGUCAUCAUUUUUCUAAACCUAUUAGCACUUGAUAACUCAUCGUGUACAUACAUAAAUAUGUAAGUUUGUAUGCAUAUAGAUAACCAAUCAUCCACGAGCUAAUAGUAAGAAGAGCUAAUCAACAUUUGUUUUUAUUGAUAAAUCAUCCAAAUACAUAGCAAUAGCGAAACGUCGACGUGAUUUGGUACAGAGCACACCGGACGCUUAAACAGUUGGAGGGAGAGUAUUGAUCGAAUAGCAUCGUAUUCAAAUAUAAUGCUUCUGGAGACUGCCUUCAUAUGAUAACCAUGUCAAGUGCUUUAGGUCGUAUACGUCUAAUAACCUUCGACGUCACCAAUACGUUACUGCAGUUUCGUGGCAGUCCUGGGAAACAAUAUGGAGAGAUUGGUGCACUUUUCGGUGUACUCUGUGACAAUGCUGAUCUCGCAAAAAAUUUUAAGGCUAAUUGGUAUAUAAUGAAUAGAAAAUAUCCGAAUUUCGGACGUAAUUCUCGCAUUACCUGGCAGCAAUGGUGGUAUCAGCUUAUUGGCAAUACGUUUUCUGACAGCGGCUCAUUGAUACCCGGAGAGAAAUUAGCUAGCUUGGUAAAUCAUCUACUUGAACUUCACAAAACAAGCGUUUGUUGGCAGCAUUGCAAUGGAAGUGUGGAUUUACUUAAUUAUUUACGUUUACAACAACAACUCGCUACAAACCACAAUGAUAACGACGUUGAUGAUAACCACUGCAGUCACAAGUCACAAAUAGCUUUAGGCGUAAUAUCAAACUUUGAUCCUCGCUUAGACACACUCUUGCGUAAUAUGAAAAUUAAACAUUAUUUUGAUUUUACAAUUAAUUCUUACGAUAGCAACGUUGAGAAACCAAGUCCUGAAAUAUUCAAUUUAGCCAGAAAGUUAUCUGAUUUGGAGAACCUAAAACCCGAAGAAUGCUUACAUAUUGGAGACGGACCUACUACAGAUUACUUAGCCGCCAAAAAUGUUGGUUGGAAUUCUGCGCUUAUUCAUGAGAAAAGUAUUAACUACCUUAUUAAAAACUAUGGCAAUAAAAUCGAGGAUCAAUUUGUUUUCCAAAGUUUAUACGAUUUUCAUAAGAAGUUUUCAAAUAAUUUUAUAAAUUGGUGACUGAUUUGUUAAUUUAAUAAAUUAACACUUAAAACAAA